AUGGACCCCGGGGGGCCCCCGCCCCCACCAGCGCCGACCCCUCACCCGCAUGAGGGGGCCCUAGGUGGGUCUGGGGGCCCCCCUGGGGCCCCCCUGGGGACCCCUGAGGGUCCCCUCUUACCUGCAGGGGCCCCUGAGGGGCCCCUCUUGCCUGGGGGGGCCCCUGGGGGGCCCCCUGUGGGUAUGUCGUCUGCGUCUUCUGCUGCUUGCUGCUCUUCUCCGCCUCUGUCUCCUUCUUCUCUCUCUCUACAAACAGCAGCGCUGCGUACAUUCAGCUGCUAUACCCUCCUCAGCCGCACCAGGGCCCUGGGGCCCCAGGGGCCCCUGGGGCCCCAGGGGCCCCUGGGGCCCCAGGGGCCCCUCACACCCCAGGCAGAGGCAGCGGUGCUAGAGGGGGCCUCUCGUCUUCUUAGAGGGUACCGCAGACGCCUCAGUAUGAUGGGGUCUACAGCAGCAGCAGCAGCAGCAGCAGCAGCAGCAGCAGCAGCAGCAAAAGCAUCGAGCGACCCUGCUGCUGCUGCUGCUGCUGCUGCUGCUGCUGCUGCUGGUGACCAGAGCAGUUUUAUGUUUUCUUAUUUUGGUGGUUUGCAUGCGUUUCUGAUGAUCGAGGAAAUUCAUUUAUCUUUUUGUCUCCUCCGUCUCCUUGUCUCCUCUUUUGCUGCUGCAUCUAUCAACAGCCCCCCGUGGCCCCUGCGCGGUGCUGCUGCGGGGCAGCAGCAGCUGCUGCAGCAGCAGCAGCGGCUGCAGCAGCAGCAGCAGCAGCAACGGCUGCUAGGAAGCGGAGAAGGGGAGUUUGGGGGCCCCACAGUGGAUGCCUUCCCUUUACACCUGGGGGCAGACGGCUGGCUGCCCCAGCAGCAGCAGCAGCAGCAGCAGCAGCAGCAGCUGGUGCAGCAGGAGCAGGGGCAGCAGCAGCAGCGCGAUGGAGCAAGCAGAAGCAUCGCGCAUCAGACUGCUGCUGACCCCAGGGAGCUGCAGCAGCUGCUGCGGCUGUUUGGGGGGCGGCAGCAGCAGCUGCGUUCACUGUGGCAGCACCCAAGGGGCCCCCGGCAGCAGGCUGCAGCAGCAGAGGCCCCACAGGUACCUGCGACUGCAGCAGCAGCACCAGCAGCAGCAGCAGCAGCAGCAGCAGCUCCACCAACCCCAGCAGCAGCAGCGGCGACCCCAGCAGCAGCUGCAGCAGCAGCAGCUCCAACGGCAGCAACGCCACGAGCAGCAACUCCCGCAGUCACAGCACCUCCAGCAGCAGCAGCCGCUUCAGCAGCAGCAGCAGCAGCAGCAGCUGCAGCUGCAGCAGCAGCAGCAGCUUCAGCAGCAGCAGCUGCAGCGCCGGAGGAGACCCAAGAAGACCCCAUUGCAUUGUCUAUAGAAUGGCUGUCCCCGCAGCCUUUGCUGAUUGGUGCUGCUGCUGCUGCUGCUGCUGCUGCUGAAAACUGCAGCAGCGGCCGUCUGCGUAUUGAGGAGCCAGAAGCAGCAGCAGCAGCAGCAGCAGCAGCUCCUGCAUUGGAAGACUGUCUGGCUGUGUCUGUAGGCAACGCGGCUGCUGCUGCUGCUGCUGCUGCUGGCGGGCUGCCCCGGGCGCUGCAGCCGCUGCGGCUGCAGCUGCAGUCUCUUGUCUCUGCAGCAGCAGCACUGAGCUCCGGCGUUGCUGCAGACAGCAGCAGCAGCAGCAGCAGCAGCAGCAGCAAGAAAGGUGCAGAAGGGGGGCUUAGCUUGGAGGACCGGUGCAUGCAAGCAGCAGCAAACGGCCUGAUGCCGUACCGCUCUCUGGGGGCGCUGUGGGGUGCUGGGGCUCCACUGCAGCAGCAGCAGCAGCUGCUGCUGCAGCAGCAGCAGCAGCAGAGAGAGCUGGAAGCAGGGGGGGAGUUGCUGCUCGGUAGCCUGGGGCUGCUGCAGCAGCAAGAAUCAAAUGCUUCUUUGUGGGCCUGGCUGGCGCUGCAGCAGGGGGGCAUGCGGCAGCAGGUGCUGCUGCAGCUGCUGCAUGCGGCGAGGGAAAGGCUGCUGUCUUGUUUACCCCCAGCGUUGGGGGGCCCCAGUAGAAACGCAGCAGCAGCAGCAGCAGCAGCAGCAGCAGCAGCAGCAGAAGGUCAGGGUGUAGAUAGUGAGGAACAUAUAGAGUCUUCUGGCUGCUGCAGCGGCAGCAGCGCAGCACACAAAGAGAUGGGGGCGUUGCUGCGGUUGCUGCUGCGAGAGGCUCAGCGACAGGUGCAGCAGUGCAUGCAGCAGCAGAGUUGUGCAGACACCCCAGACCACCAGCAGCAGCAGCAGCAGCAGCAGCAGCAGCACGGAGGAGACAGCAGCGAGAGGGCCUGGGGGGCUGUGGCUCUGGCGCUCGACUGUCUCCUUUUGCAUGCGCUGCAUGGGGGCCCUGCAGCAGCAGCAGCACCAGCACCAGCAGCAGCAGCAGCAGCAGCAGCCAGCAGCAGCAGCAGCAGCAGCAGCAGGGUGCAGCAAUGCUUGAAGGAUACAGGGUAUUUGUUUACACCGAAAUUUGAGUUUCCUUCUCUAGACGCAUUAGAGUUGCUGUCGCUGCAGCACCGCUGCUCUUUUGCUGCUUCUGCUGCUGCAGGUACCCCAAAGCAGUAUAUUAUAGGGGGCCCCUGGGGGCCCCCUAGAGCUGAGGGGGCCCCUGUAGAGGACCGGGGGGCCCACAUUCGUCUCCUCUCGUGCGGCUUGGGGGGCCCAGGGGCCUCCAUCACGCAGCUGCAGCUGCUGCUGCCAGAGCCUGCUCGCCAGGGGGGCCCGGGGGCCCCUGGGGGGAGAGACGGGGGGCCCCCCACCCCCGAAGGGGGCCCCUGCAUACUGCUUGAGUUCUUGUAUGGGAAUGAGCGGCUGAUACGGCUGCGAAGAGAAGGAAAGUGCAGCAGCAGCAGCAGCAGCAGCAGUGGGCUUGAGGCCUCCAGCAGCAGCAGCAGCAGCAGCAGCAGCAGCAGCAGCAUCAGUGAGGAUAGAGAUGCACUGGUUAUGUAUAUAGAAGUUUCUUCUACUGCUUUUGCUGUUUGGGUGCGGGGGGGCCUCAGGCGGGGGCGAGGGGCCCCAGACACAGAAGAUAAGGAGACAGAAAAGGAGACAGCUGCUGCUGCUGCUGCUGCUGCUCCUGCUGCUCCUGCUGCUGCUGUUGCUGUCUUCGCGAUGCCAGAGGAGCGCACCCUCACCCUAGAGCUGCUGCUGGAUCGUGGUUCUGCUCAGGCUGGGCUGAGCGACGCAGCAGCAGCAGCAGCAACAACAGCAGCAGCAGCAACAGCAGCAACAGGAGGAACAGCAGCAGCAGCAGCAGCAAAAGACAACCUACUGGAACGCAUGCAGCAGCCAGAAGAAACCCUCGUUAUGUAUAUAAACGGCCAGCGGCUCUGCAGCAUCCUGCUGCCGCCCCCCCCACCGGGGCCCCCCGCGCUGCAGCUGCGGCAGCAGCAGCUGCUGCUGAUGGCGCAUGCAAGAGGUGGGGCUGUGCUGCUGUCUCCUCCUUCUCCCGCUUUCUCUGCGGGCUUCGUUGACGAGCUCAGGGGCAGAGCUGUUCUCUCAAACGCCCCAAACAGCAGCAGCAGCAGCAGCAGCAGCAGCAGCAGCAGCACUAGCAGCAGCAGCAAGUUCUCGCUAGAGGAGCUGCUGCAGCUGACGUGUGAGGCGGUGCAUCGACUCUGCAUGCGGGCAGAGACAGAGGGGCUGCUGCUGAGCAGCAACACAACAAAAAAGGAGACAGAAGAGAGACGGAGACAGCUGGGGGCCUUUGCUGCAUACGAACAACCUCUAUCAGGGGCCCACGCAGUUGCUGCUGCUGGCGGUGCUGCUGCUGUGCAUGCGGCGCUAGCUAUACUGGAGCAUCAGCAGCGUGUCUGGCAGCAGCAGCAGCAGCAACAACAACAGCAACGAAAGCAGCAGCAGCAGCAGCAGCAGCAGCAGCAGCAGCAGCAGCAGCAGGGUGUUCUAGGUUCGUGGGGCUCACUGCCUAUCCUGCACUAUACCUCUUCAUCAUCUACUUGCAGCUCGGAGAGUUCUGCAUGCAGCAGCAGCAACAGCAGCAGCAGCAGCAGCAGCAGCAGCAGUAGUAUUGGUGUGUAUGAGGAUCCGUAUAUGUUAUUAGUUGAUGCGAGCGUGCAGCAGCAGCAGCAGUGGCAGCAGCGCGCGGAGUGUAUGUACACCGUGUGGUGUCUGCUGCGGCUGCUGCUGAGCCCUCAGCAUCCAGCAGCAAGAGGGGGGGGCAUGCAGCUGCUGUUUCGUCUGUCUCCUCGACUAAUAAAUAUAUUUCUUUAUUACUUUCAUGCUGCUCCUCCUGCUGCUGUGCUUUGCUGCUGCAGCGCAUGCAUUCAGCAGCAAGGAGGGGGGCCCCCCCUGCAUCUAGCUGGGGCCCUAUUCGACGCCCAGGGGGCCUCCUGGUUGCUUAAGAAAGGCUGCAGCAGCUUCCUAGCAGCAGCAACACCAGACAACCUCCUUCUGCUGCUGCAGGGGGCCCCCUCGCGUCUGCUGCAGCAGCUGCUGCUGGCUCUCAGCUGCCCCCGGCCGCAGCAAGAAUACCCCUUUGCGCAUGCAUUGCUGCAGGUCCUCGAGGGCCCCAAAACAGGUCACCUCAUCGUCAACAGGCUGCUGCACGAGACCAGGGGCCCCCACCGCCCUGGGGGGCCCCUUGGGGGGCCCCUCGGGGGGCCCCUUGGGGGCCCCCAGGGUACUGCUGCUGCAGCAGUAGCAUUAAGAGGGUCCAGCAAGCAGCACGAACUGCUGCCGGGCUGUCAGGUUCAACUGGAGGAGGCCCCCCCUGGGGCCCCCGAAUCCUUUGCUGCUGCUGCUGCUGCUGCUGCUGCUGCUGACGCAGAAGUGCUGACGGGGGGGCCCCCACUACUAGAAACCUUUGGGGGGGCCCCCUGCCGCUUCCAGUUGGUGGGUGCUGCUGACAUUGCUGCAGGGAGCGCAGAGAGCAGCGCCUGGGGCGAGCUGAGCCGAGGCGGAGCUCGGCCGCACCGACUGCAGCAGCAGCAGCAGCAGCAGCAGCAGCUGCAGCAGCAGCAGCAGCAGCAGAGGCAGAGACAGGGAGAGAGAGAAGAAGAUGUAGAACCCUCAGCUCUGCUGCAGGAUGCAUGCGCUCGGCUCGUCUCGCAUCAUUGCAGCAGCUUCUGGCCGCUGCUGCGGUGUCUGCUUGACGCCACGGAGCAGCAGCUGCGGGGGGCCCUCAGCAGCAACCACCAGUCUCCUUCUGUCUCCUCUGCAGCGUGCUGCAGCACAGCCGCAUGCAGCAGCAGCAACAACAAAAGCAGCAGCAGCAGCAGCAGCCACGGGGCUGCAGCAGCAGCAGCAGCUCCUCCGCCGCGCAGCGCAUUCGCCUGCCAGGCUUGGGGCCCCUGCAGCAGCAAGGGGCCCCUGGGGGGGGCCCCCAGGCAGCAGCUGCAUGCAGCACCGGGUUUAACCCUGGGGGUGUUAUGCAACCCGAGGUUUGUGGGUCUACCCACGGGAGCAGCAGCAGCAGCAGCAGCAGCAGCAACCGGGGAAGCAUGUGCAUGCAUCGAGCUGCUGCAGCGGCCGUCGCUGUGGAUCCCGCUGCAGCACCGCAUGCAGCAGCUGCACGAGACCCUCUGGCGAGGCAAUGGGGAGUUGUGGGGGCCGCUAGGGGCCCAAGAAGCAGCUGCUGCAGCAGCUGACGCUGACAGCAGCAGCAGCAGCAGCAGCAGCUGCAGCAGCAGCAGCAACAGCUGCAGCAGCAGUGAUGCAGCAGGUCGCGUUGCUGCUCAACUCACACGGCAUGCAGCCGAGCUGUGGCUGACGCAGCUUUUCAGGUGUCUGCAGCAGAAGGGGUCAAAGGGCCCCAGCAGCAGCCAAAGACAGCGGGGAGGCAGCAGCAGCAGCAGCAGCAGCAGCAACAGCAGCAGCAACAGGCGAAGCAGCGACGCUGCAGAGGGUUCUGAGCCGACUGUCUCAUGGGGCGGCGGCCCAUCCCUGCACUACCUCUCUAUAUCCGCUUCUUCUCCCCUCAGCAGCAGCAGCAGCAGCAGCAGCAGCAGCAGCAGCGGUGCAGCAAGGGCCCCUGGGGGCCCCCCUCAUAUGCGGGGUGUUGGUCCAACGGCCUCCUCAGCCUCAUGCUAG